CCGCUCCUGUACCAUUAGCGGCUCUCCUUUCUACAAGUUCCAAACAGAGCCUAAGUUCUAAUCGGAAUCAGAACCAGCCCAAAAUCUGAAAUCGAAACAAAGCUCCGCCGGCAACGAGGACAGCUUCUAUCCACACCACCAACAACGAUAUGAGUGCUACUCCCAAUAAGAGGUUGCAUGAGGAGGCCGCAGCCAGCGGCAGCAGCAGCGGUACCUCUGGUGGAGUUGGUGCUGAAAACUCAAAAUACCCAAAUGACGAUUCUGCAGUUGUGCACCCAUUAGUUGGCCCUAAACUGGGACCAUCUGUGGCACUGAGUGACUACCACCACCACCACCACCCCCAACCGUUUGAUCACGCGGGACAACAGGAUUCCCAGAUUCCCGUUAAGAUUCGGUCCCCGUUGCUUCCAAUGUAUCAUAAUCGGGUGUCCCCGUCUUCCAAUGUUUCACAUUUUGAUCACCCUGUAGCUGCUUCAGAAAACAGGUCAGAGUCGAGGGACAAUGCCAGGGAUCUCAAGGCUGAGAACCGUGAUGCUAGGGAUUCGUAUCAGAGUGGGAAAGAGAAAGAGAGCAAAGAAGCCAAACAUGACAGGGAUAGGGAUGAUAAUCAUCCGGAGUAUAAAGAUGACAGUGUGAAGACAGAAAAGGAAGGAUAUGGACCGGGGAACAGUCACUUGAGUUGGAAAGAAUCGAAAGAACACCACAGGGGGGGGAAGAGGUAUCCUGAUAUCCUGGGUGGAAUUGUGGAUCCAUUGCAUGCUUCACGGGCUAAUUUGCAGGGCCCAGUUGAGAGGGAGGCCGGGAAGGAAUUCUCAACUACUGAAGAGAGGGAUUACUGUGAAGCACAUGAGGCUGUUGGGGAGAAUAAAUUCGAUUUAAAAGGUGAAGAUAAAUUCAAAGAGAGAGACAGGAAACGAAAAGACUUGAAGCACAGGGAUUGGUUGGACAAAGACAAGAAUGAGCGUCGGAACAACUUGCAUCUAGGAAGUAGCAGUGGUGAUGGAAAAGAGCCAGUGACGGAAGAAAGAGAAGCUGAGAAGUGGGAGCGAGAGAGAAAGGAUCUUUCCAGAGAUAAGGAAAAACCAAAGGAGAGGGAAAAGGAUCAUGUUAAGAGAGAAGCAUGGAAUGGAGCUGAGAAGGAUGGUUUGCAGAAUGAUAAAGAACCAGUGGAUGCAUAUGCCAGAACGUCUGAGCUGGAAAAUUCAACAUUAGAGCAGAAGAAGCUGAGAGACCACGAUGGCUGGAAAAACAAUGAUGGGGAAGCUAGAGAGAGGAGAAAGGGAAGAGAUGCUGACGUAGAUGAAGAGAGACCCGAAAAGCGCAGUAGGUGGUAUGACAAAGACUCAGAUGAUGGAUGUGCAGACACUGACUUGGGUGCAGAAAAAGAAAGGGAAGUUUUCAGUUAUGGUGUUCAGCAACGUAAGCGGAUGCUUCGGCCAAGGGGCAGUCCUCAAGUAGCAAACCGGGAGCCUCGUUUUCGUUCUCGUACACAAGACAAUGAAGGAAAGCAAGGUAAGCAUGAAGCAUCUACUGUUGUUUAUCGGGUCGGAGAAUGCAUGGAAGAGCUAAUGAAGCUGUGGAAAGAAUACGAGGCAUCUCAAAGCGAUAGAAAAUCUGAAAACUCUCAAAAUGGUCCUACUCUCGAAAUCCGGAUAUCGGCUGAGCAUGUUACUGCUACAAAUCGGCAGGUUAGAGGUGGCCAGCUAUGGGGUACGGAUGUAUACACCUAUGACUCAGAUCUUGUUGCCAUUCUCAUGCACACGGGUUAUUGUCGUCCAACUGCUUCUCCUCCUCCACCGGCUAUCCAGGAAUUACGAGCAACUGUUAGAGUGCUACCUCCGCAAGAUUGUUACAUAUCUACGCUGAGAAAUAAUGUCAGGUCCCGUGCCUGGGGCGCUGCCAUUGGCUGCAGUUAUCGUGUUGAGCGCUGUUGCAUUGUGAAGAAAGGAGGUGGGACAAUUGCUCUUGAACCGUGUCUAACACAUACAUCAACCUUGGAGCCAACUCUUGCUCCAGUGGUGGUGGAGCGCACUAUGACUACAAGGGCUGCAGCUUCAAAUGCCCUGCGUCAACAAAGAUUUGUACGAGAAGUCACCAUACAAUACAACCUGUGCAAUGAGCCAUGGAUCAAGUACAGUUUAAGCAUUGUUGCUGACAAGGGAUUGAAGAAACCCCUUUACACUUCUGCACGCUUGAAAAAAGGAGAAGUUUUGUAUUUGGAAACACAUUCACGCAGGUAUGAGCUCUGCUUCACUGGAGAGAGGAUGGUCAAGGCUACAUCUUCUCAGAUGCAUGAUAUGGAGAUCGAGAGAUCUCAGAGUCACAACUUGCACUCUGCAAAGGUUGAAAGAGGUGGUGCAAUAGACGGUGAUAGUGUUUUUAUCAAUGUCUUCCGGUGGUCUCAUUGUAAGAAGCCUAUUCCCCAGAAACUCAUGCUGUCAAUUGGAAUCCCACUGCCCCUUGAGCAUUUGGAGGUAUUGGAGGAGAAUCUUGAUUGGGAGGAUAUACAGUGGUCGCAAACCGGGGUUUUUAUCGCAGGAAAGGAGUUUCCUCUUGCUCGGGUCCAUUUCCUAGCACCAAACUAGUGGUGCUCCUCUCCAUUUAAUUUCCGGUCUGGUUUAUGUAUAAAUAUUACUUACUGAUUUUGUCUAUAGGAGGCACUCUGUUGUUAAAUGAGGUGAAUCGAAAGUAUUACAAGCCAACUUAUGUAACCUUCCAGGCAUUUUAUUUUCUAAAUAAUGACGUAUUGAUUCUAUAUGAUGUCUUUUAAUCUGAUGGAUUCCCAGGCAUUUUGAUUAGUAACUGUAGAGGAUCUUCUUAGAA